AUGAAGAUUCGUAAUCUCUGGGCACAUCAUAACGAUGAUCAUCUAAGUAAUGGUGACAAAGCCGCACUCAAUACGUUGUAUCCACCUGCCAUUCGAGCAGGUAUAUGGACUCCUAAGCAAGGCACGACUGGUUUAUACUAUUGUGGAAAGCAUAAUAUGGAGGACAAUAAUGCGCCAUUUGGUAAAAUUGGCGUUGACGGCUAUUGCGGACCCAACAAUGGUCCAAACUGCCCUAUUUGUCGACACUAUGGUGGUAUACAAACACGGUAUAACGAUAACGGACGUCAGGCAAUACAGAGUGAAACUGGUUU